AUCUUAUUGAAAUGAUAACACAUUGAAUAAUGAACUAAUAUUAAAUGAAGUUUAAUGAAACAAUAAAAAGAGGAAUUCACUUUAAUUUUGUUUAAGUAUAUUCUACAGUUUAAAAUAGAUCUUUCAUUAAAUAUCAUAUCUCUUCAUGAAUUAAAUAAAAAAGUAGACUAAUUCAUUCGUUAGUUUAUAUGACAAAUAGUUGAACAAAAACUUAGAACGAUAAGAAUUGUCCCAAAUGUAACAAUAGUCGAUAAAACAAACAAACAAGCAAGCAAACAAACGAUUAGCCACUCCUAUUUACAUAAAUAAUAUUUUUAUUGUUUUGUUUUAAAGAUUUACACAAGAGAAUACAUAGAUAAAACAAAAAGGUUAUUCAAUCAUUUAUAUUCAUUUCCAUGGAUUGUUAUUGUUAUUCCUUAGGAAUAUACAAUUCAAAGAUCAAAGUGAACGUAAUAAAUAAUAUUGACAAAACAAAUAAAAUGUCAAUAUAUUGUUAUUGUCAAAAAAAAAAUAGUAGACGACGGAGAAAGAAAAAAGAGAAAAUAUUUUAUCUUAAUUUCAGAAAUAUUAUUCGUAAUAAGUAAAUGUCAUUUAAAAAAAAAACAAUCAACUAAGAGGGGAAUAUAAGGAAUGUAAAAGUUUUGUGUGGACUAUAUAAAGAGAAAGUAGUGUAGGUAAUUACAGAACAUAAAUUCAGUUCAAAACUACAAUGCAUAUUAAAUUUUUACUUGCACUUUUUUUAAUUACUAUAAACGUGAUUUAUUCACAGAAAACACCAGGUAAACCUCAAAAUGAGAAAAUCGAAUUAGAACAAAUUAAAAAAACACCUCAAUAUCAACAGGUUAGAACAAAAGUGAUCAAUGCAUUAUCCGAUAAAAUUGAUAAUUAUGUAUUGGAUCAAAUAAGAAAAAAACCAUAAUUUAUUAGUUUAAUUAAUAAUUUAACAAAUAAUUAUGAAUUUAUUAAUGAAAAUUUUUAUUCUAUAAUAAAGAAAAAAACAAAAUGUUUGUUUUUAUUUAUUCAUUCAUUUAAAGACAAUAAAAAAAUCUUCUUUUUUUCUUUUUUUUCUUUUUUUUUCUUUUUUCUUUCUUUCUUUCUUUCUUAUCUUGUUAUUUUAUUCUGUUUAAUAUUUUCAGAAAUAUUUGUAGUAUCAUAAAAAUAAGAAAUAACCAUUGGUUUAAUUAGUAAAUAAAAUUUAGAAAAAAAAAAACAAAUUUCUUUGUUUCUAUGCAAUUUUUAAUAGUGUUAAAGUAGCAAGAUGUCAGUAUUGCAAUUAACACUGAUCAGUUCAAUACUAGAACGAAACAUCCAUUUAAUACUUUCAAGGUUUCCAUGAUGAUCUAACUUUAAUUGAUUUAUACUGUUACUUGUUCUGUCUACUCUAUCAAAUGCUUUUUCAUAGUCAAUGAAGUUGAUGCAGAGCGAUGAAUUCCAU